AUGACUAUGGAAACUACAGCUCCACAUUCUACCCCUGCUGCACAAGUGAUUGGAAAUGCUUUUGUUGAGCAGUAUUACCAAAUUCAACACCACACCCCGGAGUUAGUAUACAGAUUUUAUCAGGAUUCAAGCUUCUUAAGUCGCCCAGAUUCUAAUGGCUUGAUAACAUCCGUGAAAACAAUGAAAAGCAUCAAUGACAUGAUAUGCUCAUUGGACUACAAGAACUACAAGGCAGAGAUUAAGACUGCAGAUGCACAACAGUCCUAUAAGGAUGGGGUGAUUGUACUGGUAACUGGAUCUUUAACUGGAAAGGAUAACAUGAGAAGGCAAUUCACCCAGACAUAUUUCCUUGCUCCACAGGACAAAGGGUACUAUAUUUUGAAUGAUGUUCUUAGGUAUGUAGAAGGAAAUGAUACUGUUAACAGUUCAGAAAUUGUCAAUGGAGUGGAGGAUGUACCACCCGUGCAGCAUAUGACGUCCGAUCCAGAACCAGCCGAUGUGCUUGAUCCUCCGAAUCACAGACAGACGAGCUCUCAUGCAGCAGAAGAAAUUCAAGUUGUUGACGAAGUAGUACAUGGUUCUUUGGAAGGUGAGAGACUAGUUGGUGAUAAAAGAGAGAUUGUGGUGGAGGCUGAAUCCCAUAUUAUUGAGAGCCAUAAUUCUGAGAAUGCAGAACCAGCUACUUCAGUUUCCCAAGAAGAUGCUCCUAAGAUAUCCUAUGCAUCAAUUGUAAGUUCUGAAACAAAGAAAGGGCAAGCUUCUGCUCCUCAAUCAUCAAUUCCUACUGCCGCCGGUGGUAAUGUACCUGAAUCUAAAGUUUCCCAGGCCGGAGCUGAGGAGCACUCCGUUUACGUCCGCAAUUUGCCUCUGAAUGUUGCUAUUGCUCAACUUGAGGUUGAAUUUAAGAGAUUUGGACCCAUUAAGCAAGGAGGUGUACAAGUUAGAAGUAAUAGGGUUGGUCCAGAAAGCAUAUUGUACACAUCGCGGUCCUCUUUGUUUACUUAGUUUUAUAGAUAUUUAACACAGUAUCUGUGGAUUUUCCUUUUCUACAGCAACAAGGAUUCUGCUUUGGGUUUGUUGAAUUUGAAGAUUUGAGCUCCAUGAACAGA